AUGCGUUUAUGGUACUAUGGACCAGCGAAUUACGUAGUACUAUGCCGACCAUGUGCUCGAACGGCAUCGCAAUAUUCGCCCCAGCUUGCUUGGAACGGUCCGGAUCCUUCUACCGCAAGAGAACUUCUCAGUAAAACAACUGUCUUUAUACAGAUCAUCGAGGCUAGCCCUUGUGCACAGCAUCUUCCGAAAUACGAUACGAAUGUCGUGAAACUACAAGUGAAUGAUUUGCAACGUGAAGCCAGCGAAAGCGGUAUGCCUCUCACGAUCACAAAUUACUUCACAAUUGUAGUUCGGAAGAUGAUUGAACAAGUACUACAAGUAUUUUGUAAGGUGAGUUGUUGGUACUGUAUAGGAAUCAUGGGGUGUAUGUCCACCAAGCUCCAUGGACUUCCAAAAUCCAAUGCUCUGCUGAGUGAACGCCACGUUGGAUCGUGA